CCAAACCAGGCUCCCCGUGUGAUGCAACCCGCCCCGCCAGCUCCGGUGAACCCGGAAUAUCUGGUCCAUCAGAUGAACCGCCUCCAUGUGCAGCCUGAGAGAGCUCCCGUUGCCAACACCCAGAAGGUGAAAGAGGCUGCCGUCGGUGUCGUCGAGGAGAUUGACGCGCGUGCACCCUUCUACUAUCUGGGAUACACCUUCUUCAAGGCGACUGCCAUCCCCGGACACAAGUCCACCUGGAGCCAUGUGGAACGGUCCAAGAUGAAUCUCAGCCAGGCUGACCUGCUUCGGCUGGUGCACAAGCAAGCCCGCAAGUCCCCCAUUGCGGAGCAGUACCAGGCUUUGUCCAAGGUCAAGCGAGCGCACGUGGACCAGUUGAUCUCUGAGCUCCGGAAAAGCGAUCCCCGGUUCGAAUGGACCUGCGUAUUGGUCAAGGAGGAUGAGAAGCCAUUCAAGGGCAAGAACUCCCGCCGGGGCGAUUAUGAGACGCUCUCCAUGAACGUCAUCAUCAUGCGCAAGGCUGCAGAUCUUGUGUAUCCCAAGAUCCCUGUCGACGAGCCGAUCGAUGUGGUGGAUUCUUCCAAGCCCAAGGACCGCGUGCCGACCCACGUCCACAACCAUCCACCGGCACUUGGACCCAAGCCCGUACCUCGGAAUGUGCCACCCACGGAGCCAUUGACGGGACCCGCUGUCCAUCAGGGGCCCGUCCUGCCGCCUGUGAAUAGUGUCCAGCAGCCACUACUGCCCCCCAAGUUCCAUCAGCCGCCUCCCCCACCCCCUCCAGGGUAUCUGACAUCCAGAUCCCCCGUGGCCCAUGGAGGUUGGAUGCCAUGGGUGCCCGGAAUGCCCGGGAUGCCUGCCCCCAUGCAUCAACACCGUGCACCACAGCAUCCUCCGCCUGGGAUGCACGGGGCUGUCAUGGCUGGUCCCGUCAAUGCUCCACACGUGGAGACCCCGGUUGAUAAGGGCCGGGGGGUUCCCGUCGCCCCUGGGAUGCCUCAUCCAAGGCAAGAAUUUAGCCCCCGAUUCAAUCUACCACCCCAGCCCGAAAGCCAGCCCUGGAGCAAGGUCCAUACCCCCGUCCCCACCGCGAUGGAACCCAAACCGGACCCCAAGUUGGAGGCCAAACCGGAGAUCAAGCCUGAGACCCUCCCGUCGGUGACUCCGACUGCCGAGCCCGAAGCGGACCUCGGAAUGGAUGCCAGCAGCGUGGGAGACGAGGAGUCAGUGUUUGACUUCGACGACGAGAGUUCCGUCACGGAAAGCUCCGACGAUGAAGCUGACCCGGACGACAAAAGCCAGCCCUGGCGCGGCAGUCUCUUCCGUCGCCAUUCGUCGCCGCGAGGGAAGCACGGGUACCGGACUCACUACCGCAAGCAGCCCCAGGCCAGCGGGACGGACCACAAGUCCGGUCGAUCGGGAUACCGAACUGGCAGCAUCGACGUCGUCCCAGCGGACAGCAAGCUUGACGCCCGGGCAGCCGAGGCUGGCGCGGGUGGCCCAGCUGGGCCAGCUGGGGCCAGUCGGGAAGUUGCGCGGACGGGCCGCGACCGGCCGAAGAUCAUCCACGCGCCGGUCAGCGCGGACGAGCUGGACGUGGAGCAUCUGCUAGACCGAGACGAGGGGGAGCGGCUUCGAGGGGGGCGGGUGCGCAGCGACCUUCGAACGCGGAUGCUGGAUGAUCGCGAGGCGCGGCUGGAGCAGCGGGAGCGCAUGGUGGAAUACCGGGCACGCAUGCUGGAGGAACGGGAGCGACUGGAUGAGGCGUGCUACUUGGGACGGCGGCUGUCCCUCCGCGAGCCGGGGGUGUUCUAUCCUCGAAGAUCGUACUUCAUGCCGGAUGGGCUGCAGUAG